AUGAACGAAAUGAAAAUAAAUAUUAGAAAAAUUGCAUUUCUCUUAUGUAAUUUUUUAUUUUUGGUUUCCGGUGUUGGUUUGGUAUUAUUGGGAUGCGUGUUGCUCAACGAUUAUCCGAGAAUUCUUCUUUCGAGAUUAUUUAUCGAACCUGAAAUCAUUUCGCAACCUUUAUUAUAUUACGUUGCUUUGGCAUUCAUAUCUGCUGGUCUCGUAGUAUGUGCUGUCGCCAUGUUGGGCUGUUGGGCAUCUUGUUAUUCGGAUUCGAAUUGCUUGAUGGGACUGUACAUGAUGUUGCUUAUUGUCCUGUUACUAGCGGAAACGUCUUUUGUUGUCGUCGUCGCGGUUUGUCCUCAAGUUAUUGGAGUUGCAGCCGACAGAGAUCAAAUGGUUGAAGGAUUAAUGAAUAAUUAUGGGAUUCCCGGGAGGAGUCAGUACACGGCUGCCGUUGAUUUGGCUCAAACUCUCCUCGAAUGUUGCGGAAUGCAAUCUGGGUCAGAUUAUGACGGUUCAAAAUGGUGGAAACGCGAACAAGAGACCAAACACGAUCUUCGAGUUCCACAUUCGUGUUGUUUUUUAAUGAAUUCAAAAUACGACGCUUCGGUUUUUUUAGAUCCUAAACCCAUCAAUUCGUCUCUUUGUCAGGCAAAAACAAAUUCCAGGUAUCAAUAUGGAAGACACGUGAAGGGAUGCGUGGACAAGUUAAAUUCAUGGUUCAAAGAUCACGUGAAUAUUUUUCUCACCAUAGGAUUAGCUCUCAUCGCGGUACAAUUGCUCGUGUUUUUAUGCGCUCUUUUGGUUUGUUUGCGUAACAGGAUCCCCACGAGUUUAAAUUCGUCGGAAACGAAUUUAAAUGUUUCGAAAAAGUCUCAAAACCGUGGUAAAUCCGAAGGAAAAAAAAAUCAGGGCCCGAUUUCGUCGUCGGAGACGAAAACUAACGCCGUUCAAAUUCAAAAGGUCGAUGAUAAUUGUUUUUCGAAAAAUCAUUCGACACUCUUCGACGUGGAAAAAAAUUUCACGAAUCCCGAUAAUUAUUUUUUGAAUAAAUUAAACGUCAACGACGAGUUGUUGGAGGGAUUACCCAAUAGGGAUUCGCCAACAUGUUUGCCUCUGGUUUUGAGAAAUGAUCAUUUUCAACGUUUCGACGAAGUCAAAUCGACAUCCAACACGAAUUCGAUGAAGAAAAAUUCAAUGAGAGGAAAAAAGGUUUAUCGCAGUCAAAGGAAUAAAGAACCGAACGUUUAUUUUACUCCUCGUUACGACGAAACGAACGGAACGGAUGGUUUUCAUAAUAAUUUCGACGUGUAUAAAAUAAACGGCGAAUCCAAAAGUUAUUUUUAUCCUGAGGAAAAUUACGGAAUCGAAACAGGAACGUACGAAAGUGGGACUGUACAACACAAUGACACAAAUGAGUCAACGGAUGAUUGCUUCGGAACUGAACGGGUUCCCAGUCAUCAAAAAUCAACAGUCAACAAUGAAAACAACGCGUGUUCGUCGACCUUAGAUCCGUGGAACACGAUUGGAAUCCCUCACGCGGAAGAAAACGACGAGGGAAUCAAAUCGAGUCAAAUCGUUCGUAAAGCCGUUCGAGAUAUCGAAUCCGGUUUAUACACGAACAAUUGUCAAAACGUCGAGGACGAUAGGAAAAAAGAAAGCGUCAAAGACAAAAUAGACAUAUCGAAAAUGAAAUUGUAUUGGCAAGAAAGGGAAAAAAAAUGCGAGAGUGAAACGUUCAAAGUUCCGAUGUCGGCAGUAGACUACAGAACGGAUUAUUCAGGUGAAAAAGAUGAAAAUGUCAUUUUCGUCAAAAUAAACGAAUCCGAGGGUUUGCUGCUGAAAGCAAACGAAACAUUAAAAUCGUUUGUGAAAAAAUCCGAAGUUGAGAAGAAUUCGGAGGAUGGACAUGUUGAAGAUUCUUUCAAAUCCAAGGACAAGGAAAAAAGGUUGAAAGAUUUAAGAAGGAUUUACGAAAAAAAUUGGACGGGAAAAGGAGGGAAAGAUUUGGUGGAUUUCAGGGAUUUAAAUUUUUCCGGGAGGAGAAAAACAAAGUCACGGGAAAAUAAUAAUAAUAAACGUUUAAAAAUGUAUUCUUCGUCGGACAUCUUCGAAUUCAACACUCAAAUACCUCGUAGUUUAGAAAAUUUGAAAAAAGGAAACGGUAGGGAUUUGAAUGCGUGGAUGAAAAAAGGAGGAGAAGGAGGAGGGGGAGUGGCUAGAGAAGAUCCACACAAUUUUCCUCCCGAUUAUUUUCACGAGGAAAAUUUGGAAAAAUCGACGGGGAAUUUUUUUAAAAAUUCCGCAUUUUACGCUCUCCGAUGCGAUGUGAAUCCCAUUUCCGGUACGAGGAAAAAAAGAUUUUAUUUAACUCCAGAGGUUUCCACGCCGGAAGUGGAAAAUGGGAAGGAUUCUAAAAAAAUCCAAUACGAUAAUUUCACGGCGAAAAAAAGAGAAUUCGUGAAGCAAAAAGUUAAUUAUUUUGAAGUUUUUAAAAAUCUAGACGAUUGUUUGUGGUGA